GACACUUGAAGCAGGCUGGAGGAAUAAAAGCAUGAUCAGCUUUUGUGUAAAUCUGCUUUCUGACUAUUUAAAAAUCCUUCUGUUAUAUUGUGUCAAUUCCCUUCAAGGACAAGGGAAUGGGGGAAGAAACCGACUCAAAGGAUUGUAAUCUCAAAAGCUGUUUUGUCCUGUCUACACUUUGAUAGCAGGAACCCAAACAAUGGUUGCCAUUUGUUGGAGUGUAACAAAAAACAAUCACAGACUCUUUCUACCAGACGGAUCUGCAAGAGAGAGUUUGAUUUCAGCUCUCUCAUGAAACAGCGAAUCAAAAGUGUGAACUUUAAGAACUUGCUGUACAUAUCUUUGAAAACCUUCUAUACAAAUCAUUUUUUGUUUUUGAGCCUGCAGUUUUCAGUCUCUGAUUUUAACCUUAGUUUUGAGGAUGUUUACCCUGACCAGCUCUUUGCCUUCAUUUGCUUGUGCACUGAUGUUGUGGGCUUUGUUGUCACCUCCUGUGGUCCAGGCCUGCCAAGGAGAUGAAUUACCGCGUGACAUGGUGCUUGGCUGGCUGAAAAGACGGAUCCUUGACGGUUUGGGGAUGGAUGAGCCUCCUCUGCCAGUGCUUCAUCUGCCAACACAGCAAGCAGUGAACAAAGUUGUGCAUCACGUAGCUUCGCGAAUGACAAGGGAGACAAGAGUGGAAAGAAGACACCAUCAGGAGACCUCACAGGUCAUUCUGUUCCCAAGCUCAGAGUCUACAUGCAAGGACACCCUUGAUAACUCAUCUGAGGCUGCAUCUGGUUACUUUACUUACUACUUUCAGCCCUCUCUGGACAGCCAGGACUCCAUCAUCACUUCUGCCCACUUCUGGUUCUAUGCUGGAGAGGCCAUAGCGUCUAGUAACAUUUCAGCGCCCCUUUUCAUUCUCACCCCUUACCAUGAGCUGCUCCAAGCAUCUGUAAGUCCAGUCAAACGCUCCACUGAUGGCUGGACCACCUAUAAGUUAGAUCUCCAUCUCCACAUUGCCAUGGCUAUAGGCCCUUUCAUGUUGCAGGUCCGUUGCCCAUCCUGCAGUUGCUAUGAUUCAGAAGAUAAAACACCCUUUUUGCACCUUCACACCCGUUCAAGUGGCCCCGACCGCUCUCGCAGAGCACCCAAAAUUCCAUGGUCACCAGCUGCUAUCGAAAAGCUCAGGAGACCUGCUUCUGAUGACACUGAUUGCAAAAGAGAACAGAUAGAAAUCUCCUUUGAGGACCUUGGCUGGGAUAACUGGAUUGUACAUCCUAAAGCCUUCACCUUCUACUACUGCCAUGGCAACUGCUCUAGUGCUGAGCGCACUACUACCCUUCUUGGCAUCAACCAGUGCUGUGCUCCUGUUCCUGAGAGCAUGAAGUCUCUCCGUUUCACCACCACCUCAGAUGGGGGAUACUCAUUCAAGUACGAGACCCUGCCUAACAUCAUACCAGAAGAGUGCAACUGCAUCUAACACUCUGCCGUGGCUGAGUUUAAGAUUAUCUGUAAAGUGCAUGUUUUUUUUUUUUUUAACAAAAAUCUGCCAUUUUAAAUAAAUGAUCAAAGCAAAUAAUGUGUGCAUUAAAUCUGUGUGAAAGAUAUAUUCUAUGAUUGUAAAUGUAACUUUAUCAAAUGCUUAACUUCAGUAUCAUUACAAUUUUGUUAAUGCACAAACAGCAGUUUUCUGAAAAACCUUGCUCAGUAAUGUUUAUCAAACAUACACAACAGUUAAUUUCAUGUAAGACAAUUUGUACUAAAUUAAACAGCCAUUUACAGAAAAGGCAUCUUAACCUUGUCUACUAAGUUCUUUAAAAAUAAUAAUGCUAAAAUACUUAAAUUGCACAUUACCCAGAUACUGUAUCUAUGACAAUAAAGAACAAAUGUUUGAAAAAUG